CCGUGGGUCGCAGGCGCGGCGGCUCCGCAGCCAUUUUAGCCGCCGGCCGGGGAGGCCCGGACGCAAAAUGGCUCCUUGGUGCGCGCCGCGGGGAUGGCUCCGGUCGUGGAGGUGUCGGACGCGGGGCACAGCCGGGCGCUGCUGCUGGAGCUGAACGAGCAGCGGCUGCGGGGGCAGUUCUGUGACGUGACCAUCAUCGCCGGCGACGCCAAGUUCCGCGCCCACCAGAACGUCCUGGCCGCCUCCAGCCCCUUCUUCAGGCAGGCGCUGGCCGAGGCCCCCCGGGCGCCCGCCCAGGUGCUGGAGCUGCCGGGGGUGCAGGCGGGGGUCCUGGCCGACGUCCUCAACUUCAUCUACAACGCCCGCCUCGCCGUGCCCUCGCCCGCCGCCGCCCGCGAGCUGGGCGCCGUGGGGCGCCGCCUCGGCAUCCCCUGCCUGCAGGGCCUGGAGGCCGGGGGCCCCCCGCCGCCCGCGCCGCCCCCUCCCCGCGACAUGAACGGCUCCUGGAGCCCCCCGGCCUCCGGCGAGGCCACGGAGGCGCGGGUGGCGCCGGUGGCGCCGGUGGAUCUCACGUGCCCCGGGAGGCCGGGAGAGGCGGCGGCGGCCGAAGCGGCCUCGCUCGAACCCACGGCGGUGGUGGCGGCGCCUCCACCUCCUCCUCCGCCGCCGCCGCCGCCGCCGCCGGCACCGCCGCGGUCGCCGGCGCUGUGCUGCGGGCUGUGCGGCCGGGCCUUCGGCACGGCGGCGGCGCUGGGGCUGCACAGCAAGCUGCACCGCGGCCGCCGCGGCCUCGCCUGCCGCCACUGCGGCAAGAGCUUCAUCCACAUCAAGCGCCUGCAGACCCACGAGGUGCUCUGCAAGGACGGCACCGACGGCGCCGCCGCCGCCGCCACCACGCCGCCGCCGCCGCCGCCGCCGCCGCCGCCGCCGGUGGCGCCGCCGCCGCGGCCGCCCGGCAAGAAGGCGCUGCUGCUGCGCCACCGGGCGCUGGAGCUGUCGCCGGAGCAGGAGCACGUGGUGAAGGUGGUGGACGGGCACGUGGUGUACCUGUGCGCCGUGUGCCAGCGCUCCUACAUGACGCUGUCCAGCCUCAAGCGGCACGCCAACGUCCACUCGUGGCGCCGCAAGUACCCGUGCCGCUACUGCGACAAGGUCUUCGCGCUGGCCGAGUACCGCACCAAGCACGAGGUGUGGCACACCGGCGAGCGCCGCUACCAGUGCAUCUUCUGCUGGGAGACCUUCGUCACCUACUACAACCUCAAGACGCACCAGAAGGCCUUCCACGGCAUCAGCCCCGGCCUCAUCUCCUCCGAGAAGACGCCCAACGGCGGCUACAAGCCCAAGCUCAACGCCCUCAAGCUCUACCGCCUGCUGCCCAUGCGCUCGCACAAGCGGCCCUACAAGACCUACAGCCAGGGGCUGGUGCCCGACGGCCUCCUCCUGCCCGCCCCGGCGCCCGCCGAGCCCCCGCCGCCGCCGCCCGCCGCCGCCGACUUCCCCGUGCCGCGGCCGGAGCCAGCGUCGGUCAUCGCCUACGGGCGGCCCUCGGCAUCCGUCAUCGUGCACAGCGGCCCCGCCGCCACCGCCGCCUCCGUCAUCGCCUACAACGGCAGCGCGGCGGCCGCCCCGCCGGCCCCGACGCCGCCGCCGCCGACGCCGCCGGCCAAGCCGAUGAAGAAGCAGGUGCUGCGGGAUUACAUCGAGGCCCAGCGGGCCGCCGGGGAGGCGGCAGCACCGAGCGCCGACCCCGCCGCACGCGGCGGCAGCGGCGGCAGCGGCGGCAGCGGUACCGGCGGCGGCCGCACCAUGACGUACGUGGCCAAGCCGGCCUACGUGGGCACGGCGGGCGAGGGCCGCGCGGCGCCGCUCUGCCAGAUCACCGUGCGCAUCGGCGAGGAGGCCAUCGUCAAGCGCCGCAUCUCCGAGACCGACCUGCGGCUGCAGCCCCCCGCCGCCACCGCCGCCGCCACCCAACCGCCGCCGGCCCCCGCCGCGCGGCCCCGGCCCGGCCCCGCCGCCCGCCCGCGGGACAGCGGCGAGGAGGAGGCGAGCGACGCCGAGGACCGGCUCUGGCGGCCCUACUACACCUACAAGCCCAAGCGCAAGGCCGGCGGGGCGGGCGGCGCCGUGCCCAAGGCCAAGAAGGCGCGGUGGCGCCGCAAGCUGCGGGCCCUGCGCUGGGCGCCGCGCGGCGAGGCCGAGGAGGCCGAGGCGGGGGCCGCGGCGGGGGCGCGGGCGCGGGCGGGCGGCGGGGAGUGGAAGCACGCCUGCGGGGUGUGCGGGAAGCCCUUCUCGGCCCUGCGGAAGCUGCGCAAGCACGAGCGGGGCCACGAGGGCGCGGCGGUGGCAGCGGUGCCGGCGGUGGCAGCGGUACCGGCGGGGGCGGCGGUACCGGCGGUGGCGGCGGUCCCGGCGCCCCCCCGGGUGGGCCGCCGGCCCUCGCUGCGCUUCGCCUGCGGGCACUGCGCCAAGGUGUGCAAGACGGCGGCGGCGCUGAGCCGGCACGCCAAGCGCCACCAGGCCCCCCCGGCACCGCCGUCGCCCCCGCCGCCGCCGCCGCCGCCGCCCACCGUCAUCGCCUACACCACCGCCGCCACCGCCGCCAUCAAGGAGGAGGCCGAGCCUCGCGCCCCCCCCGGCCCCGCCGCCCCCACCCCGGCCCCCCCCGAGCCCCCCGCGCCCCCCACCGCCGCCCCCCCCAAGCCCCCCACGCCGCCGCCGCCGCCGGGCCCCAGCGGGGGGCGGGAGCCGGGGAUCCCGCCGCAGGAGCACCCCCUGGCCCUGCUUGGGGGGGGCAAGCGGGGGGGGGGGGCCGCCACCACCACCACCACCACUGCCCCCCCCCCGGCCCCCCCGCCGCCUUCUCCCUGCCCUACGGCCCCCCCCGGCUGGUGGCCGCCUACCCCUACCCCUUCCCCCUGCCCCUGGCGCUCAGCGUGGUGCUCCCCGAGGCCGAGGCCUUUUUGGGGGGCGGGGGGGGCGCCGGGGGUGGGGGGGGGGGGGCCGGGGGGGGCGCCCCCCCCCGCCCCCCGCCCCGGCUUUUGGUUUCCCUGGUGGGGAGGGGGCUGGGGAGCGGCCCCGUAA